AUGUCUGCACUGGACAACGGGAUCGCUACAGAUACAGAGACUUCGGAGCCGGCCAGGAAGAAAGCUGCAAAUGUCACGACUACUGCUACCACUAACCGCUCGCAUUUUGUGUCGUCGGACGACAUUUUGCUGCUGACACAGGUGCUGGUCAUCAAGCCGUGGACGUUCCCGUACGUGAUGGACGGAUGGCAGCAAGUGACGGAGAAAUUGCGAGCCGAGGAGUCUUUCCGACUGGAUAAAACAGCGGGCGCAUGUCAGGCGAGGUUGAAUCUGCUGUUGGGCCACUUAAAGGCUGGCAAUACGACGGCGUUGAGGAAAUCUGGCACAGAGGAGGAGUUCGACAGGAAGUGCGCGAUGGUCGCUGAAGUGGCGAAGCAAAUGGGAGAGUAUGAGAACGCACAGAAAGGGAACAACUUGCCAGUUGUAGUGGAGUCUGUGCCUUCCGCUCGACAAAAUCCUGUCGCUGUGAAUACUAUGCUGCCUGACCUUGCUAAAGAGAGAGAGCGGAUGGCUCAACGCCGCUUGGAGCUGAUGGAGCGCAAGAUGGAGCGUGAGUUGGCUGCGCAGAAGCGUCACUCGGAGGAGCAGGUAGCGCGGCUGGAGAAACUGCAUCAUGAACAGCAGAAGGUUCAACAAGAGCAACAUGCACAACUACUCGCUACUAUUCAGCAGCAACAGGCAAUGAUGUUUGACCUCAUCAAGUCAUUGGCUCCAGUCCACAAUGAAAACCAAGAACAGGCUCAAGCGUAGUAACUCAAUGAAGGGGCUUAUGUUUGAUUCAACUCGUAGCAUUUCCCCCGAGAAAUUGUCAAUAAUUCUUGUUAAAAUGUACUGUCAGAAUAGAAAUCUG